CUUCUUCAAUUCACUUCUAACUAACCAUAAUCACAAUAUCUCUCUCUCUUUCUCAAAUUCUCGCUCGCUCACAAAACCAACAACCAAAAAUGGAAGGUCUUAUUCCAUUUGUAUACAGGGCCAUAAUGCAACACAAGAAUGGAAACCAAGGCCAUUUACCACUUGGGUCAUGGUUCAAUGAGUCACCCUCAGCUUCCUAUAUGAGACUCCCUGGUGAUUCAGGACGGUUCCAAACCUCAGACGUACAACUUUUUCGUUCUGAGUAUGGGUUUUCUUCUACUUCUUCACCAUCUUCCAAGGCUGUUUCUACUAAGACCCAAGUAAUUGUGUCGUCUGGGGUUCAAUCUCCAUUUUGUUGUUUGACUCCUCGUCGAGUGGCAGCAUGAAUAUUACUACGUGUCUGAAGAAAAAGAUUAAGGCAAGGAACAUGUUUUUAGUAAUGGUCAGGUGUGAUAUGUAAUUGCAUCUAAGGCCAUUUCUAUGUGAUGGUUGAAAGUUGAAUCUUUUCUUACUUUGUUUCUUUCUUUUAAGGCUGUAAUGUAAUGCAUAAGCGUGUGGAAAAACCGAAGGGACCCCUACGCUUUUGCUUUGUGUUAUUGUGUUAGUGUGAAUUUGUGAAGGGGGAAAGUUAGGUUUGUGGAGAUGUAUUGUUGUGGAUUGUGAUGUGGAAUGAUAAGAAGGUGGGUCAUAUCCUUCAUUAACUGUAAAUUCAAUGUAGCAGUUGCUUUUGUUCU